GAAGGUCAGCCAUUCCUCACAACGAUGUGCAUGAGAGAGGCGCAAUCGAACAGAGAACAUUUGCAACCACGUGAUUUUCAGCCAAUCAGAUUUACACAUCCUCCAGACAAGUUGUUGUUCUCCAUCGUGGUUGUGUUUCAGAAUGAAGGAGUGACCACGAACUUGUUGAUUGAAAUAUUUGCUUGAUCGAGAUGAUCAUUCGUCGACCAGCAUUAUAGUUGGCCAGACAAUAUUUUGGAAGUGUCUAACAGUCAAAAUUUGUGAUGGCAUCAUUUGAGCCAGCUUUUUUACCCAUUGGCACAGAUGUUAGUGCCAAGUACAGAGGAGCAUUUUGUGAGGCAAAGGUUAAAAAGCUUGUCAAGUCAGUGAAGUGUAAGAUUAUACUGAAAGACACCCAGGUGUCAGUGGUUGUUACAGAUGAAAACAUUACAGGACCUCUGAAGGUUGGAAGUACAGUAGAGGUGAAGCUUCCAGAAAGUGGUCAGCAGUCCGAAGGGAUCAUCAACAAAAUCACAGAUUGCAGCACAUACACUGUUGUGUUUGAUGAUGGCGAUGAGCGGACAUUGCGCAGAACUCAACUCUGCCUAAAAGGAGAGAAACAUUUUAUGGAGAGUGAGACACUUGACAAUCUUCCUUUGUCACACCCUGAACACUUUGGUACUCCAGUUUUGCAGAAUAAAAAAUCAAGAAGAACUAAGCCAGGAGAAGAAUCUGAGUCAGAAGAGGAAAUGAGUUCUUCUGAAGAAGAAACCCCAAGACGGGCAUCAUACAAAGGACGAUACCAGGAACUUGUGGGAAAAGUGAUGUGCAUGGAGUGUACUGACAAGCGCAAGGGAGGCCAGUGCCCGGUGUUGGUUGUUCUGCCAGAUGCUCACCCUAUGGAUGUGAAACCACGUGAUCAACUUUUGGUGCGGUCCUUUCGGGAUGCUAAAUUCAUGUAUGCUUCCAGGAAGGAACUAAAAGAAUUUUCAAGAGAAAUUGCUAUAAAAAAUGAAGACAAAAAUAUGAAAGCAGCUUUUGAGAAGGCACUGCUGUACUAUGACAAUCAUGAACUGCCACCAAACUGGAAAAAGCAGGAACUUUUAGGAUCAGAGGAUGAAGAUGAAGGGGGUGAUGAUGAUUCAUCAGAUGAUAAUGAACCUAGUGAACAGAAGGAUCUGUUUGUUGCUCAGUUGUACAAGUUUAUGGAUGAUAGAAGUACUCCUAUUAACAAGGGUCCUUGUAUUGGAAACAAAGAUUUGAAUCUUUAUCGCCUUUUUCGGGUAGUGCAGGCUAUAGGUGGCUAUAAUAAGGUUACAAAUCAAAUGAAAUGGAGACUUGUUUAUUCAAAAAUGGGUCUUCCACCUUCCAACACAGCAUCUCAUCAAAUAAAAAAUGCUUACAAAAAGUAUCUGCAUGCAUUUGAAGAUUUUUAUCGAAAGUUGGGCAGCACAAUGGGCACAAUUAGUCGGCCAGGACGAAGCCGCCAAAGCUCAAGUCGUAGCAUAUUAGCUUUUAGAGGUCGAGACAAAGAACCAUCCCCCCGAUCACCACGUACGGAAAAAACUACUGUUAAGGAUGAUAAGAGCAAAGAUGAAGAGAAGGAAAAGCCAAAGAUAAAGAGUGAGGAAGGGCCACGAUCAGAAGAUACAGAAGAUGCUGGGGAGUCAACUCCUGUUGAUGAAUCAGACACUGACAUUGUCCGUCGUUCUACUCCACGUAGAGAAAAGGCUCAGAAAGAAGAACCUGCAAAAAUUGAUAAGGAGAAAAAAGAAGAUGUCAAGAUUAAGAAAGAAGACAAAAAGGAAGAAGAAAAGAAAGAAGAAAAAAAAGAAGAUGUAAAAGAAGAAAAGAAGAAGGAAGAUAAAAGGGAGGAGAGGAAAUCAUUAAGACAGAGCUUAAAAGAAGAAGAAAGAAAAGAGGCUGGAAAGGGGAAAGAAGAGGACAAAAAAGAUGUAAAAAAAAGUGAAGGGCGGACAGACAGAGUGCUGAGAAGAGAAAGAGAAGAUAAAGAGGAUGAAGGAAAGAAGGAAGGAGAAGAGCAGAAGGAUAAUCAAAAGAAAAGGGUGACACGGCGCAAGUCAGGCCGUACAGAAGAUGACAAGAAAGAAGGGGAGGAUAAGGAAGAAAAGGAGGAAGAAAAGAAGGUUUCAGAAGAAAAGAUGAAUGCUGAGAAGAAGGAUAAAGCUGAAGACAAAAAGGAGCGGAAGGAUGAACUCAAAAGGCCACCAAGUGCUAGGAAAGAGAAAAAAACAGAAAUUAAGAAGAAACCAGAAGAUGAAGAGCAGCCAGAAAAGAAAGAUAAGGAUUCAGAGAAACCAGAGGAAGUGGAGAGUGAGGCAGAUUCUGCUAGCGACAACCACAAUCAGGAUGAGUAUCCUGCUGGAACAAAGCUGAAAGUAAAAUAUGGGCGUGGCAGAAAUCAGAAAAUUUAUGAAGCCAAGGUGGUGGAAGCUGGAAAAGAAGGACAACACAAGAACUAUCUUGUACACUAUGCUGGCUGGAACACAAGGUAUGAUGAGUGGGUUCGACCUGACCGAAUUGUGAGUGUGGUGGACAGACCAGAGAUGACCAAACUGAAGAAGAAGUCCAUGUCACCCAGAUCCCCAAAAACCACAACAAAGCCAGAUAUGCCUGUUCUAAAGAAGCGAGGCCGGAAUUCUCUUCAACAAGACCAGUCUCCAGGCAAUGCUUCAGCAAAAAUGCCUGUUUCUAGUGAUGGGAAAACACCAAAGAAUAAACCUCCAACUACACCUGGUGGGUCAGCAUCCAAGACUCGCACAACACGUUCGAACAGCACUGAGAUAAAAUCAGAAGGGUUGCAAGCUCCUGCAAAAAAUAGGAUAACACGGCGCAGCUCUGGGCUUACAGAUUCCAUGGAUGCUGGUUCACCAGGUGACCAGGAUGUAGGCAGCGAUUCAGAACCAGAAUCAGAGAUGGCUGCACCUUCUGGUUCUGGUGGAGAUCUUGUGUCAGAGAGGGAUGAUGAAGAUGAGGGAAAGGAAAUGGAAUUAGACACCAGUAUCGAAGAGGAGGAAACUUCAGACAUGAAGGAGGUAGAGGAUGAGCCCAUUACCAGUGUGGAGGAGGCAGAUAUGGAUGAAAGCAGAAGUGAGGAGCCUUUAGCUGAAGAAGCCUCUGAAGACAACAAGGAUAUGCCACAUAUUGUACCCAAGGAUGACAGUCAGGAAAAUCUUCUAGAGUUGUCUUCUUUGGUGCUACCAGAUGAUAGCACCAUCACUCCACUUCUGGCUGAUGAAGAAAAUAAUGAUGUCACUGAGGGGACAAAAGAGGACACCACGAGUUUACCUGAAAUCACUAAAACAUCGCUUGAACAGCAGGGAACAGAGGAAUCAGAUGAAAAACUUGAUGAAUCUUUGCCAGUGUUGAGCCAACAGACAGAAGAAGAGAGUGCUGCAAAAGAGGUGGACACUUCCAACAGCUCUGAAACUCCAGAAUUAGAUACUAAAUCAGAGACAUUACCUAUGCCUGACAAUUCAGAUGAGGACAAAAAUUCUUCCUAUGAAGAACUUGCAAUACCACAGCUCAAGAAGAUAGACAUUGAUAUUGUCCCUGUGUCAGAGAAAAGAGAAGCUAAGCUAGAUAAAGUUAAAUCAAAAAAGAAGGAUGGGAAAGAAAGCAAAAAAGGGAGACAAACAGAGCACAGAGCUUCAUUUUCAGAAAUUCCAACUUUAGAACCCAUGACAGUGGUGCCUGAUGUGAAACCUUGCCCAUCAGAAGUGGAACCAUCACCUUAUGAUUUUAAUGAGCCUGAACUUGACUUACCAUGGCAACCAGAAAUUACUAAGAAAUGGGAACCUAUUAACAAACCUCAUCCUGUAUUUCGUGAUGGGAAGAUAGAGUUUAAAAAAAGUAUGGAAACAGAAAAGAAGAAAGUGAAGAAGAAAACAAAGAAGGCACCAUGUGGGGAUGAGAUGAAAAAUCACCUUCAAAAGAAGCUAGUGAAAAAGUGGAGAGUCCAGCUAAAGAUGAAACUGCAUCUGAACCACAGCAGGAUAAACCUGUGUGUGGUGGAAUCUUACUCUACUCCAGAACCCGAACAAGUGCCUUUUUCGCCCUGUGCUGAAAAAGAGGAAAAACCAGUGAAAAAAAGAAAGAACAAAAGUGCAGAGAAUGCUGAGUCUCCAUCUAAGAUGGAUACCACUAAGGACACCACAGAAUCAGAAAAGAAACAGCAGGGAAAAGAAAGCCAAGGAAGGCAACUCUUAGAGGAAGGUGACAGUCAGCCCUCUGACCCUGUCUCUCUUUCCUUUUUCCCCCUCGACGGACAGGAGAGUGUGCAUUCAAGCAACACUCCACGUGAAAAGCGUGCUCGAUCACAUUCUCCUGAGUCUUCAAGUUUCAAACAGCCCCGGUGGGACCUUGGGUCUCUUCAGACUGUCGGCAGUACAGGUGCAUCACCCUUGGGUUCUCCUGCUCCCAAGCCUGCCUCCUCCAGUGUGGUGUUGCCUAAACCUGCAUCCAACAUUGCAACGCCAAGGGCUGGGUCCAGCACAUCAGCAGCUCCUGUGGGGCUGGAGGAAGUUCAGGUAGUGCCUGUGGAGGGGCCUGCCAAUGUGUUAUCUGGCUCAGGACUGGAGGCAAGGUUGGAAUGUGCUGUUAACUUGCCUAGACAAGGUGCAGCAGUGGCAAACACUGUACUUGACAAUACCCCACCUACAACUCCAGAAAAUGACCUUGAUGAGGUGCACUCUGCUUCCUCAGAUAGUCAUGACAAUCUCAAGGACGAUAUGGAAAGUUUAGACUCUGGUGAAAGAACUUCUAAGGGAGGGAGUGAGUCUCCUCCAUGUUGUGAUUUGAGUGUCAGUAGUGCAUCAAAUGAAGCUUUGCCCUCCAGCAAAUGUGUUCCACAGUCAUCGAAGGGCUCAGAGCUGGAGACUUCGGUCAAGCGGAAAAGAACUAUAGACGAAUGUGCCUUGGUAAAGAAAAAGAAACGCACAAACAGUGCACGAAGCACAAGAGCUGAACGGCAUAGAAAGUCACCCAAAUAUGGAGAUGAAGAUACACUCAGUCGAUCAUCCAUGGACCAAAUCUCAGUAUCAGAACAGUUGGUGUCAGGGCCUAUAUCCCCUUCCAAGACAGAAAACAGCAAAGUUGACCACAUUCGCCCACCAAAAUUCCACUUCUGUGAUGAUCUCGGUGAGCACCUUGAAGGAGAACAACGCAUAAACUUCCUUAUGAGCAAAAUGAUUGAAAUCCGAAAAGAGUAUGCCCGAAUUAAGGCUGAGAUUGCUGCCAUUGACCGAAGGCGCAAACGUCAUCGUCGCAAAGAGAAGGAAAGUUCUCAGGCAUCACAGAGUGAAAUGGAAAAAGAAACCUCCUGAAAGUUGUUCUACCUCAGGUGGGGAGAAAGUGGAUGCCAUUGUUCAUAGCAUACAGGCUACCAUAGAAUGGUGGCCAUGCUCAUUAGUCCCUGUGAACACUAACUUAAAACUUCACCCGGUCACUUCUCAUUCCCUCAUUGGCAGGCUGGCAGAGCAUGCCAUCUAUUGUUAAAUAAGAGAAGCCUUUUAUGUGGACAGUUGUACAUAUAUUGAUAUUCAGCGUUGAUCAGGAAAACAGGUUUUUAAGGCGUUGAGAAGCAGAGAGGUUAUGGCCCUUGUAUCAAAAUAGAUCAUGCAAACAUAUGGAAGGGUUAAUCUUAUAUUUGAAGUGGAAGAAUGUGUGUGGCUGUGAUUUUAAGAAGCCUGGGAUAUUGUAAGAUGUGUGCAUUCUUGAAACAGAAUCUGUUACAUGAAAGUAUUCAUAAGUAUGUUAUGCCUAUAAGAGACAGUGUGCAUAUUCUGAUGCAAAAUCUUCAAGACAAAAGCUGUGAUAGUUCUCUCUUGUACCCUUUGAAAUUUUUUCUUUUUUUUUUUUUUUAGAAAAUGGAUGGAGAAAUGAAUUGUGUCAGAGCAUUCAAGUUUUUUAAACCCCCUUUUUCCUAUCUAUCUUUUGCAAGUACACAAAACAGCAACAGAUCAAUUUCUAGCUGUUGUAUGCCACAGUUUUAUCAAACAGGCAAACACUGAAGUCUCAGCUAUGGACAAGUUUGUACAGCAUCAACAUGCUAGUGUCAUUGUGUUAUCGGCCUUUUCACCACAGGAAGUCUAUAACUGUUCACAGUAAAAGAACAUAUGAGCAUGCUAAAAGACAGACAAGUGUAACAUAGCAAGACUUGUUUGCCAGCAUUUCAGCAGCCUACUAAUACCAUGUGCAUCAGUCUGCAGCAUCGUACUAAGUUUACUGUGUGCCUGGUUUUGUGUGUGUGUGGGUUUGGGAAGUAGGGAUUGUGUGUGUAUGUGGAGUGGGGGUGGGGGAUAUGGAAUGUCAGAAUAACGCAGUUUCAUGACUUCUAUGGAUGAAAUGAUCGAGAGGUGUACUACUACCCAGUAGAUUCCAAGCCUUCAACAAAUAUAUGCCGAGCUGAAAGUAAGCAAGGCCAAGUGUAGCCCAUUCAGCUGCCCAAGCAAAAGACACUUUUUGUAUUGGGUAUCUUUGCCACUGGUGGUGAAAAGGAUGCAGCUUUAUUUGUUCUCUUUGUGAGCUUCUGAAGUCAAAAGUCAGGGAUACGGAUAUUCUUGUAAGCCAUUAGAUAAUCCCUUUUCUUCAUUUGUCAGCACUGGCUUGUUGAUAUUACAUUUUUUAUGUGCAUCAUAUUGCAAGACAGAUAAAGCCUUGUGAUGCCUUGUUUCUUGGAAUUUUCUAGGAAAGCAUGCAUAGGAGGGACUUAUUUUUCAUUUACCAGGUUUAUCACUGUAGUUGUUGCUUCAUUGCAGCUAGAGAAAUCUGAACUUUUAGCUGGAAUAAACUUUUAAGCCCAUUUGACUAAUACUGCAGCCAGUGCUUUCAUAUGGCAUGGCUAUGGCGAAAAGCUAUGUAAGUUUUGUUUUAUUCUGAUUCUUCAAGCCCAGUAACAUACUGGUAAUACAGUAAGGUCUCCAGAACGAUUCAUACCUGGCUUUCUUCACAGAAAACAGAGCAGAGCCUGUGUUACUUUGACAGUUUACAGAAUUUUAGUCUGUUCUAAAGUGAGUACCAAAAUCAUUCUGUCAAGAUGAAUACUGCUCAUAUUAUCAGAAUUCAAAGAGGUGAUGAACGCUGAACAGCUGCUGGAUGCUGAUUAUCCAAAAAAUCAACAUAGACACAGCAAGCAGCUGGGUGUGCCAUACUCUUGAUGUUAUUAGAUUUAUUUUAAGACAACAGUUGUCACAGUUAUCAGAAUACUGCUUCUGGCCAUGAUUGCAAUAUGUUACAUUGAAGUACCACAGAGACUGGGAGAAAACAAAAAUGAUAGAACAUGGAAGUUCUUUUUUAUUGUUAUGUUUGUUAACCUGUUGAAGUCUUGUAAGUGGGGUCACAGGCUAAGAGAACAAAUGUACAGUAUUUUGACAGAUUUGUGUUAUGUUUUGCAUAUUAUAUGCAUCUCUAUUUGGGAUCAACUUGGCACAAAAGCGUUGUUGGAGGUGGACACUGCUCUGCUUGCCCUAAGCCUGUCAUAAUGAGGUGAUAACCGUUUUAUCUGCCAUUUCAGAUUCUCAAGUCACGCGUUGCACUUGCAGCAUCGCUGAAAAUUUCUUGACAUCUGACAAAUUACUAUUAUGCAACAGAUGUCAGUACAGGAAUCUCUGUAACUAGUCUGACUGCAUAACAUUACAGGGACAAACGUGCUAUUAUAAACUUGAAUACUUAUGACAGCACAAAGUGUAACUUCUGAGCUAAAUUAUAUUUUCCUGGGAUGUUUUUGCACUUGAGAAAGUGAAUCUGGAAGAAUGGCACAAUGGUUUUUAUUUCAAAUUUAGGUACAUAGCUAUUUUUGGAUUAAUAUCUUUCAUUUGAAAAAUCAAAAUAUUCCUCAGCUUUAAAGGCGUGAGCCAUUUCCUUUUAUUCCUAUUCCUACAGCUUAACUGGGAAAGAGGGGUCUAUGUGGGUAAAUACACAAAUGCUAAUGUCAGUAUUAAAAUUUAUUAAAGGUUGUCAGUUUACAGAUUGGGAGUAGGGGGUAGGAAUUAAGCGAGGAAAACUUGGCAUCCCAUUUUAGGAUUGAACCAUUUUAAGUCGGUAAAAUGUGUGUGCAUGUUUGACAUGCAUGCACUCAAAUGUUUUAAGUGAUGUUUGGUAUGAUCUUGGCAAAGCCAUUCUACAUAGAUGUUAUGUUUGUUAAUGAUCGUGGUAAUGAGAGGUGAUUGCUAAUAUCAUUACUGGUCUCAGUACAAACCGUGCCAUAUGGCCUGUCAUUGCAGAAUGGAAUCAGGUGGAAGGUUAUCUCUCUUGUCAUACUUUUUCAUACUGACAAUAAAUCCUUAAUAGAUUC